AUGAAGGUGUUAGUGGUGCUUGCAGGAUUCCUAGCCGUGGCUAUGGCCAGAGUGCCGAUCACUGUGGAUUACCACCAUGAAAUUGGUAUUCCUGAGGCACAGAGAAUCAAACAAGCAGAACAGGCACUGGACUUCGAUGGAUCCAGAAUUGUUGGGGGCUCUGCUGCAGCUCUUGGUGCUUAUCCUUAUAUAGGAGGUCUCGUAAUCACACUAACAACCGGAUCUACCUCCGUUUGUGGUUCAUCUCUGUUAAACAACCGAAGACUCGUUACAGCAGCUCAUUGCUGGAGGACUGUUUCUGCACAAGCCAGACAAUUUACAGUUGUCCUUGGCUCUACCCUUCUUUUCUCCGGUGGUACCCGCAUCGCUACCUCAGAUGUAGAAAUGCAUGCAAGCUAUAAUAUGAUCACUCUUAGCAACGAUAUUGCUAUUAUCAGUAUUAGCACUGUCACCUUCUCAAAUACCAUUCAACCAAUCGCCCUGGCGUCCGGCAACAACGACUAUGCCGGCACAUGGGCCAAUGCUGCAGGUUUUGGAAGAACCAGUGACAGUGCUGGCAUUUCAAGCAGCGCUUUCUUGAGCCACGUCUCCCUCCGUGUGAUCACAAACGCUGAGUGCAGAAACACCUUCGGUGCCACCAUCCUUGACUCAACUCUUUGCACAAGUGGUGAAAACGGUCGAAGCACUUGCGGCGGUGACUCUGGUGGUCCUCUUGCAAUCGGGUCAGCCACGUCUGGUACCUUGAUUGGUGUAACAUCAUUCGGCGCUGCUUCUGGUUGCACGCGUGGUUUUCCAGCUGGUUUCGCCAGAGUUACAUCAUUCAACUCCUGGUUGAGCGCUCGUCUGUAA